UCGAUUGACUCUGGAUCUGGAAAGAAAGACGCACGGACGUUGAAAAAGAAAAAGGAACAUUCUAUUCUGACGAGCAUAAAGACAAAGACGAACCCAAGAACUCUUGAACCGUAUUAUAUAUAUAUUCAGGUGACAUUGUUUCGAUUUUAUUCUGAUUGGGUUUAGUUCUUUAAUAUUUUUCUAUUUAAUUGAUGGCUUCUUGUUUUCUUGAUAUUUACGAGUUAGAGUAUUAUCGAUCUAUUUAGUUUAACUUAUAUACAGUCCUCUGUUCUCGAAUUUGAAUCUAUGGAUCCUUAAUUUUGAGCCUUUUGGUAAUUCUAACUUGUCGGAGAGGGAGUGUCAUAUAUUUGUCACCUCUCUGUCUCCGACCCCGAAUUGCGAUCCUGUGGCAGGAUAAUUUCUACACAGAACAACUUGAUUUAUCGUACGACGAAAUUCAUUUAAAAAGAUCUUUGUUAACUAAAAACCUUACAGUAGCAUCUAAAAUCAAUCUAUUUGCUAUAUUAUUUAAUUUUAGACUGCCGAAAAGUAAUGAAUUGCAUAAAUGAUCGUCAGGCAAUCGCGUCACACCAUUACUGAGUAUAUCUGAUACUUCCCCAAGCAGGUGAUUUCUAUGAACUAAAUGGAGUAGGCAGGGCAGGAAGAAAUGAGUUGUGGAUUCGACUCUUUCCUUACAAUUGCAAAUGGGACUUAAGAAAAGUGGGGGGUCUAAAAAUGUCGGGGGAGGCGGAGGCCUAAAACUGAAUAAAAAGUGGCUUGACUGGCGAUUCAUUGGUAAUUUUUUGCAUUAUGGUAAAAUGUAUCGGGGUGAUAGCCCCCCUUCUCCGCAAUACCUGCCAGCAAAGUGAUUGUGUUUUUUAUUGUUACGUCAAAGUCUAACAAAUGUCUAUAUAAAAAAUCAAUUGAAAUUUUCAUUCAGUGUCAUUGUCACCCAAGGGGGUACUCCCAUUAAGGCCUGACAGGGGGUCCAGUCGGUUUGAGGGUCUUAUCAAAUGGAAACCAAAUGGCCCAGUUUCGAUAAUAACACAACGGCUUAGUUUAGCUUACAAUUUAUUAUAGACAAUGAACAAGAUUUUCUCUUUCCAAUGACGAAGAAAAUUGUCAAUGAAGGACCAGGCGCGUACAAAGAAAUGGAUGCUACUAAGGAUAUAAUUUCCAUCCUAAUGCUUCUAUUUAAGGGUUAUUUUCAAAAAGGACUACCAUUUGGGGGUAAUCUUUUAAUAUUUUAGCUUUAGCUUUGGCCCUCUUUGACCUUGACUGGACCCCCUGUUUGGCGAUAAAGGGAGUUCCCCCGGGCAUUGUCAUUUAAGCUUUUGUAGCCUCAUACUGGUAGAGCGCGAUUUCUUCUUUCAACAGAGACAGUUGCACUUAACGCUGGAGAAAUGCUUCGGCGAUUUCUCAGAACUGGAACCAGGAAAUCAAGUAGAUCCAUUAUUUCGAGAAAUGUGAAUGGCAAUAAAGACUUAAUUAAUGAACUUGCAAAAGCUGCAUCACUCUAUGUACAUUGGCCAUAUUGCAAGCACAUCUGUCCCUAUUGCAAUUUCAACAAAUAUAAGAGUGAUAAUGUUGACAAUAAACGAAUGGAGCGCUGCUUGCGUCAGGAACUUAAGAGACAGCUUGGUGCUUUUGGAGUUAAUUCAAUAAAAACGAUUUAUUUUGGUGGAGGUACACCAAGCCUUUGUGAUGUUGCCACUAUAGAAAAUCUGAUAAGUGAUGUAUACAGGAUUUGUGAUAUAGAAGGAGAUAUUGAAAUAAGUCUUGAAGCAAACCCUUCAGUUGAAGAUAUGUCUAAGCUAAGGUCAUUCAGGGCUGCUGGAAUCAACAGAGUUUCAAUAGGAGUUCAGGCCCUUGAUGAUGAAGACCUUGUUAAUCUUGGACGUGACCACACUGUGCGAGAUGCAAUCGAGUACGUUGAAGAAGCUGACCGUGUAUUUGGCGGUCGCAUAUCGAUUGACUUGAUGUUUGGAAGACCUAAACAGACAUUACAGAGCUGGGAAAACGAACUCAGACUGGCAUUGGAGCUUGCUGAUUCACACAUAUCUUUGUAUCAGCUAACAAUGGAAAGAUCCACACCCAUGGAGAAAAUGCAUCGACGAGGCGAAAUUGUUCUACCAGAUAAGGAUGUCAUUGCAGACAUGUAUGUUCACAGUGUACAGCACAUCGAGAAUUCUGGUUUGAAAAGAUACGAAGUGGCGAAUUUUGCAAAAAAGGGCUUUGAAAGCAAACACAAUAUGGCCUACUGGGGAGGGCACCAAUACAUGGGAAUAGGCCCGGGCGCCCAUGGAAGGAUCCAUCGAAAUGAUAAUGGACUUUUACAGAGAUAUGCAACUGUCCAGACUCUAGUGCCUGAAAAAUGGAUGACUAAGAUCGAGGAAGGUUAUAGUGGGAUGCAGAAAAUGGAAAAGCUUGAAAAAUUACAGACGCUCGAGGAAUUGCUUUUGCAAGGCCUGACAUCUAAAGAUGGCGUUGAGCAAGAGGUUUUCAGUGCAUUUUCGGAUGACACGCAGCUCCAAGAUUUACUCAACUUCCAUACGGUUGUCGACUUGAUCAAGGGUGAUUUCUUGAUUUUGGAUAGCAGGGGCCUUCGAGCAACAGACACAGGCCUGGGCGUUUUAGAUUCAUUCUUGCCUGACAUAUGCCUAGCACUGGAGGAUUUAGUCAUCCAACGACACACAUAGGAACAUCAACAAGCACGAAUGACAACAAUGUACUUCCUACAGUAGAGUUGCCCGCCAUUCUACAUUAAUUUUUUUAAGAAAUAGAAUAUCAAUUUUAAUAAUUUCAGCCCCAAUAUCUAAAUAGCCUUCAGUUUCAAAUAGGUAUUGGUGUGCCUUUUCUUGAAAACGUUUUCAUUGACAAGUACAGUGCCUUUUAACCCCCCUUCAACAGUGUUGUGCUUUAAUGUUUCUUCUUCAUUCCCCUUCACCCUGGAACAACGUUAAGUUAAGAAAAAUAUCAUAGAAACGACACACAAAGAUAUCCUUACUUAUCUCUUACUCCGUUUUAGUUAACAAACAUUGUUCCCACGGGAAGUGGUAGGUACCUGAAUUUCCAAAGUGACUGCCGAAACAAUUAACUUGAACUGAACCAUGAACUGAAUUUCUGUCUGUGUUUUAAUUUAUACUUUGGUUUGAUUUUUUUCGCAAAAAUUUUACCGGGAAAUAUUUUAACCAAAAUAUACUAGAAAUUUGUGAAGAAGCUAACGAGCUUUUGUUUAGCAGCUUGGAAGUGAUUUUGAUAAGCUACCCUCGACUUAGCUCCUGCCUCAAAACUGCCCGAAUUAAUAAGUACUUCAAAGAGACACAGUACUUCAAAAGUUCUAUUUUAAAAUGUGUAGUGGCUCGAAGUCCCCAUCUUCCCCAACCUUUCAGGUGUUUAUUAACUAUUGAGAACCUUCGCAAAGGCCAGUAGUUUUUUUAGUGAUGUAGCCUGUUUUUGUCUUUUUCAAUCUUUCAAUUUUUAAUGUAUCAAAUUAAAUUAGGCUUUAAGAAAAUAAAUCAAAUCGACCACAUAUUUUAUUUAAAAUUGUUCCUAUUAUCAAUAGGUGAUAGAAAGUAUUGAAUAUUUUAUUUCAAUUUUAUGUCAACUUCUUCUACGUCGAUGCAUGUAUAAUUUUUCUAUCAUAUUGCUGGUAAAAAUAAUUAGAAAAUAUAAUUUUAUACCAGCAAAAAUGGCUGGAUCACAGUGUAAUAGAGAGCCAAAGAAACACCCAUUUUAAAGAUUUAUGCAAUAGAAACAGUUUCAGCCAAAAAAGGCUACAUAUUUAAACUUUUGUUUCUCAUUCUCUUAUAUUCAUAACAUUAGCUGUAUUUUCUUAUGACCAGUUGUCAUUAGUGGCAGCACCCCAGUCAGCAGCAGGUUGUUCAGCUGAAGCACCCCAUUCUCUGUUUCCACCAGCCUCUGCACCCCAUUCAUCAGUAGCUUGAGGAACUGUGGCAGUAAAUGCAGCAGGUGCUUGGAAUCCAGUAGUAGUGGCUGGCUC